GAGAGCGGCGGGAUCCGCGCAUUGCCGGUGCCCUCGGGCCGAUGUGUUGCUCCAAUGCGGCCAGCCACCCACAACCCAACAACAUCACCCCGCAGCCCAACAACAUCACCCCGCUCGCACCCUUGCGUUGAUUCGGGGUCGAAGCCGCUGGGGAUCUCGUUGAUGCUGCUGCCCAAGGCCCAGCCAACCACGCAGCCAGACCGUCGUGGGUUCGGUGGCGGUCGUGGGCAGAUCCUCCCGCAGCCAACCCCAGCAACCCAUUUUUUCGUCCAAAAAACCUUGGCACCUCAACAAUCGCCCCUCUUCAAGACGCACAUCCCUGCUCGUCUUCCUGCACAUGCGCUUCAAGAUCGACUCUCGCUGGCUGUCGGCUGCACUGGCCGUUCUCGUUGGGCUGCUCGUCGCCGUCCGAGCGGACCGCCUUCACAACCCUGGUCUGGGUUUCGGACCAAAGAGCGUCGUGAUCCUCACUCCCCCGGCCAUGCCAAUCCCUUGGUCAAUCUCGCCUUCGAGCUGGCCAGCCGUGGCCACCAUGUUACCGUUGUCACGACCACUCGCUACAACGUCCCUGAGUAUGCUCAGAACUCGACGAUUCGCUUCCACACCUUCCAAGAGCCUCCCUCGUUCAGCGACAACAUGGCCAUGAUCUCCAAUCUCAUCUCCCAGUCGUCGGACAUGAUCUCGAACGUCCUCAACACCGUCAAAGCGGUCCGCAUGUUGGUCGAGACUUUGGGCUCCAGACCGCCAUUCUGGAGCAAGGAUUGGCGCUUGCAGAGUCUGGCCCAGUCGAUCUCAUCAUCGGCGAUGGUUUUGUCGGCCUUGUGAGUGCUACCGGCGCGAUCAUCAUCAUUGAAUGCCCAUGUGUGAGCUAGGUUGCAGGCGGGUGGCUGGGUUGCAACGAAUCGAUCCUGACGAGCUUCUGGUCUUUUGUCUGUUCCCAGGCAGCCGAUGUGCUCAGCGAGCUCAUCGGCGUUCCCUGCGUCAUGCAUUACAGGCAAUCCAAUAAAAAACGGGACACCCGGGAUUUUGACCAUUCAUCG